AAUGGUAGAAUAAGAAAAUAAAUUAGUGACACAUUCCAAAACGAUUUUCUUUAGAAUAGUUGUAAAUUUUCUUUUGCUACUUUAAUAUAAUUAAAUAAAAUAUGGCUAAUUAUACGGAAGACCAGCUUGCUGAUUUUCAAGAAGCCUUCAAUUUGUUUGACAAUCGUGGUGAUGGGAAAAUCCAACUUAGCCAAGUGGGUGAAUGCUUGCGAGCCUUGGGGCAAAACCCCACCGAAUCGGAUGUGAAAAAGUGUACACAUCAAUUAAAGUCGGAUGAGCGCAUAUCCUUUGAAGUAUUCCUACCUAUUUAUCAAGCAAUUUCUAAGGCUCGUUCGGCUGAUACAGCUGACGAUUUUAUUGAGGGCUUACGUCAUUUUGACAAAGAUGCAAGUGGUUUUAUAUCAUCGGCCGAACUAAGACAUUUGCUUACUACACUGGGCGAGAAAUUAACUGAUGAAGAAGUUGAACAAUUACUAGCUAAUCAAGAAGAUUCCCAAGGUAAUGUCAAUUACGAAGAAUUCGUACGUAUGGUCAUGAGUGGCUGAAAGGGAAGAGUUAACCAAAUAAUAAAAAAACACUACCACUACGAUACAUAUAUAUAUAUAUAGAAUUUUUAUGCCUACUUAGAAUAUU